AUGCCAGCUCUAAUUCGAGCCAGAGCAGCCUGUACCGGGGAUACCAAGAAAAACAAGUCAAACGUGACUUGCAUUCAUCUUUUGUUAUCAGUUAGUGGUUACCUGGAUGAUUGUACCUGUGAUGUUGAAACCAUUGAUAGAUUUAAUAACUACAGGCUUUUCCCAAGACUACAAAAACUUCUUGAAAGUGACUACUUUAGAUAUUACAAGGUAAACCUGAAGAGGCCGUGUCCUUUCUGGAAUGAUAUCAGCCAGUGUGGAAGAAGGGACUGUGCUGUCAAACCUUGUCACUCUGAUGAAGUUCCUGAUGGAAUUAAAUCUGCGAGCUACAAGUAUUCUGAAGAAGCCAAUAGUCUCAUUGAGGAAUGUGAGCAAGCGGAACGUCUUGGGGCAGUGGACGAAUCACUGAGUGAGGAAACACAAAAGGCUGUUCUUCAGUGGACCAAGCAUGAUGAUUCUUCAGACAAUUUCUGUGAAGCUGAUGACAUUCAGUCCCCUGAUGCUGAAUAUGUAGAUUUACUCCUUAAUCCUGAGCGCUACACGGGUUACAAGGGACCAGAUGCUUGGAAGAUAUGGAAUGUCAUCUAUGAAGAAAACUGUUUUAAGCCACAGACAAUUAAAAGACCUUUGAAUCCUUUGGCCUCUGGUGCAGGGACGAGUGAAGAGAACACUUUUUACAGUUGGCUGGAAGGGCUCUGUGUAGAAAAAAGAGCAUUCUACAGACUUAUCUCUGGCCUACAUGCAAGCAUUAAUGUGCAUUUGAGUGCAAGAUAUCUUUUACAAGAUACCUGGUUGGAAAAGAAAUGGGGACACAACAUUACGGAAUUUCAACAGCGGUUUGAUGGAAUUCUGACUGAAGGAGAAGGCCCAAGAAGGCUUAAGAACUUGUAUUUUCUCUACUUAAUAGAAUUAAGGGCUUUAUCUAAAGUGUUACCAUUUUUUGAGCGCCCAGAUUUCCAACUCUUCACUGGAAAUAAAAAUCAGGAUGAAGAAAACAAAAUGUUACUUCUGGAAAUACUUCAAGAAAUCAAGUCGUUUCCUUUGCAUUUUGAUGAGAAUUCAUUUUUUGCUGGGGAUAAGAAAGAAGCAUACAAACUAAAGGAGGACUUUCGACUGCAUUUUAGAAAUAUUUCAAGAAUCAUGGAUUGUGUUGGUUGUCUUAAAUGUCGACUGUGGGGAAAGCUUCAGACUCAGGGUUUGGGUACCGCUCUGAAGAUCCUGUUUUCUGAGAAACUGAUAGCAAAUAUGCCAGAAAGUGGACCCAGUUAUGAAUUCCAUCUAACCAGACAAGAAAUAGUAUCAUUAUUUAAUGCAUUUGGAAGAAUUUCUACAAGUGUGACAGAAUUAGAAAACUUCAGGAACUUGCUACAGAAUAUUCACUAAAGAAAACAAGGUGAAAUGUGCCUGUUUCUGGACAGUGAAGGCCAAAGAGCGGAAUUUCAUUCAAAGGCAUAAAAGCAAUGAUGGUCUUAAGCCAAACAUUUUAUAUAAAGUUGCUUUUGUAAAAGGAGAAUUAUAUUGUUUUAUGUAAACAAAUUUUUUAAAAUUGUGCUAAGUCUAUGUGUAAUACUGUUGUGAGAAGUACUUUGAUAAUGUGGUACAUAUUUUAAAGUUUAAUAUUGAAUAAAAGGACUGUCACAUUCACAUAUGAUAAAAAUAAGUGAAUUUUUAAGUCUACCAAACUAGAGUUUUGUGUUAAACGAUGUAAUAUAAGUACAACUAUGGCAAAUGUGUCAAGUGUUUAAUAUGAAAAUGCUAAGAAGCCUCAUGACCCAUAAUUAACAGCAUAGAAUUUUUCAGUACAUUUAGAGUUGCUAGAUUUAGCAAAAAUAAAGAAUGCCCAGUUAGAUUCAAAUUUCAGAUGAACAACUAGUUUUUUAAUCUAGGUAUGUUGCAUGCAAUAUUUGGGACAUACUUACCCUAAAAAAAAAAAAAUUAAUUAUUUGAAAUUCAAAUUUAACUGGGAGUCUUAUGUUUUACCUGGCAGCUCUAAAAUACAUUAGUAUGAAACAAGUCAAUUUUAGAAUUAUAUUUCUUUUGAUUGAGUUGUUUUUAUGUGUAAAAAGGUAUAAUAACAAUUCAAAGGCACAAGAUUUCUAAACAUUGAAAACAUUGAAAAGUUGAACAGAUUAUAUAUUUUUUCUCAUAAUAUGUUCCCUAAUACUGAAAAAAAAAUUGGGGGGAACUUUAUUUUUAUAUAAUUUCAAAGUAACAGAAAAGUUUCAAAAAUAGUUCAAAGAAGUCUCUUACUAGUUCAUGUGUUUUAUGUUUCAUGCUCUUUCUGUAUACACACACAAAGUUUUUUUCCUCAAUCAUUUGGAAGUCAGUUCCAGGCAUUAUGCCCUUUUAACCCUAACUAUUUCAGCAUGUAAUGCUGAAUAAUUUUUUUAAAUGAUUUUUUUUUCCAGAAAAAUAAGACCUCCCACAAAUCUAGAAUCAUAAAGGAAUCAUUUUAAGUUCCAAUCUAACAUUCCUUUUGAAUUUUGCUGCCUUUUUAAUGCUUGAUUUGUAUAGUGACAGAACAUGUGAUUUCGUAUUUUUAUUUACAAAAUUUGUUUAGAGAUGAGGCUUUGCUAUGUUGCCCAAGCUUGACUUGAACUCCUGGACUUAAGCAUCCCUCCUGUCUGAGCCUUCUGUGUAGCUGAGACUACAGGUGCAUACCACUACACCUGGCUUGAUCUUAGACUUUUUUAAUACAGGAAGUUCAUUUCCUUUGCCUUCCCAAGUGAACGGUAUUUGGAGGAUUUUUUAUCAGUGGAAGCUCCUUAAUGAUAAAACUAAAGGGACUUAGGAACUUACAUCACAUAGUAAUUAUAGGGAAAAAGAACAAGCAGACCUCAAAAUCAUGUGCCCUCUUUAUAUGUCUUAGCAGGUAUAACUUGUUGAAAUGUCACAUUAUUAGUAAAGCAGGGUUUAUUUAUAAAAUGGUUUAGAACUGUCACUUUACACUGCUGUAUACUUUUUCUUUGUGUCCUUAAGGCCUGGUACAGUGCCAAGUGCAUAGUUGUUAUCCAAUAAAUAUUUGUUGAAUGAAUGUAUGAAUAUAUAUUCAGUAUAUUUUAAGUGAAUAAUCACAGAACUAAGUUUAAUAAUAUGUGUUCUAUUUUCCUUUCCCCUCAUUUUCAUGAAUAGGGUGGGAAAAGAAAGACAUUAACUUACUGUCAAUCUUCUUGGAGACUCAAGGACUAUGAAGUGAAAAUCGUGUGUAUAGUUCAAGGAUGUUUGUAGUACUCUGAAAAUAUGGUAGAGGGGUUUCAAUAGCCGUUUUUUUGUGUACUCCUCUCUAAUUCUCAUCAUAUCUCUCUUUCCUUUUUUUUAACAGCCAAUUUUUUGGAAGGAGUGUUUCUACCUUUACUUUCUUUCCACUUGUUCCUUAACUAAAAUCUGGCAUUUAGCCCUGUGGUUCUUAACAGUCUCUUCCUGUGAAGUCUAAAAUCUUAAUUCUAAAUUUGUAGUUCAGUAGUUCAGUUCACAAGCCAUUUCUUAUUUGGCUUUUUUCUGCAUUUGACACUUCUGAUGACCCCAUUUAAGAAUCUUUGUCUUCUCCCUUGUUUCCUUACAUUUUGCUCACUCCCAAGACUCUCCUUUUUGGCCUCGUCAUCUACUCCUUAAAUGUUAUUCCUCAGGCUGUCAUUCUUGCUCUCUUAAUUAUGAUAUAAUUUCUCACUCUGGUAAUAUCUACUCGAUGAUUCCUAAAUCCUUAUCUUUAGCCCUAACUUCAGUCCAACUGCUUAUUGCACUUGACGUGGUUUCCCCCCAGACACCUGUGUGUGUAUCUUAAAACAGUCAGAUUCUCCCCCAAACCUAUGGUUAAUUUCAGAACCAUCAUCUUCCAAGUUUUCGAGACCCAUUUCUCUCAUCCAGCUUCUCCUUGUCAACCAGUGUCUACAUCACCUCUCUGAUGCAUCACUGUCUUUUCCAUUUUCACCGCUGUCAUCUGAAGGACUACACUAACUCGUCUCCCCAUACCCCCGCCUAUGUCCUCUGUUGCUCUACAAUGUAACCAGAGUAGGCAUUCUAGAAGCACUCUGAUAAUGUCACACCCUGCUUAACCCCCUUCAGUUGCUUCAUGAACCUUCAUGAAAGCCAAACUCCUUUGCUUGGUGCACAAGAUCUUGUGAUGUGUUACUCUCACCCAAUAUUCCAAUGAAACAUACUUACAGUUCUUAAAAGCCCUGUAGGACCAGGCUGCCACACCUUGGUAAAUGCUGUACUCUGCAUCCAGUGCCCUAGCCAUCCUUUCCCACCUGGAAAAUUCCUCUGCAUCCCUGCAGGCUCAACACAAGCAUCUCCUCUGUGAAAUCUUCCUUGUUUCAUUCAGAGGGUCAUCUAACUGGCUCUUUUGUGUCACUGUAAUUACAGCCUACCUCUACUGCACAUCACUUACUGUACAUAUUAUUUGUAUUUUUUGCAGUUUCCUUUACUAGAAUGUGAGCUCCUUAAGGGCAGGAAAAGGAACUUCAUUCAUUUUUUGCAUCUCUGUAGCACAGUUUUGGCCUAUGAACAUUAAUAAAUGGUUGUGGAAUAAAUUGCUUUUAAAGUGACAACUUUUAUUGUAUUAGAGGUCCUAAUAUACUUUACUCCAAAUAUUUUAUCUUCCUUCACUUUACAGCAAAGGUUGGUAAACUCCCAGGGAUUUGUAGACUUUAUGGAGUCAAUAAAAUGGAAAAUGUAUUCAAAA